GAAACUCGUUGCAAAUUAAUGAUAUUCGGAAAAGUAAAUGAAUGUAAAUAAUGUGGCAAAAACUACCUAGUGUGAUGCGCAUUUCCGACCCAUCAGUCGUGUGAAGGAAUGCAAACCUCAAUUAUUUUGACUGUGAGAGAUAAUUAUGUCAAAGCAGUGCAUUGAUGAAAACGGUCUUUUGUUAUGCGGUUAUCAUAAAAAGUUAAAAACGAUGAGGAAAAAAUUUUUUGUUUUAUAUAAAGAAACUUUGCAUAAUGUUGCACGUCUUGAAUAUUAUGACAAUGAGAAAAAAUUUAGAUCUAGUUUUAAUGCAAAACGAGUUAUUAGGCUCAAAAGUUGUUUUAACAUAAAUAGACGUUUAGACACUAAAUAUGAUUUUGUCGUUGCUCUUUCUACAAAAGAAGGAGGAUUUGGAAUUGUAAUAGAAACAGAGGAAGAAAUGAACAAAUGGUUAAACGCUUUGUUAACGUUGCAGAGGAAAUAUGCUAAUGAUUUGGAUUUUCCUCAAUUUGAUUACGUAUGGCAAGUAAUCAUUCAAAGAAAAGGCAUAGCCGAGCAAAAGGGUUUAUUUGGAAACUAUCAUGUUUGCUUAACAAAUAAAUCUAUAACUUUCAUUAAAAUAACAUCUGAUAAAAAUGCUAUUAACGAUCAAAGACUUUCUAAAGUUGAUGUCCUGUUGACGACGAUAAGAAGAUGUGGUGAUUCGCAAUGCUACUUUUAUAUGGAGAUUGGGAGACAAAGUCCUAUAGGUCCAGGAGAAUUUUGGAUGGAGACGGAAGAUCCGCUUAUAGCACAAAAUAUGCAUAGAAUGAUUUUGAGCAAAAUGACAUCAAACAACGAUGAACAAAUAGAACCUAUGAGAAAACGGUCAUCUUCAGCUACAGAAGCUUCAAAGCCGAAAAACGACAAAAAAAUAGUUCAGUCAUUAACUUCUGCUACAAAUACGCUUCCUAACGCUGCAACUUUUGUAAGGGAAAGAUGUGACAGUUUACCUUCGCGUAAUCGUUCAUCAAGUGAAUGUAAUAAUCAAAAUUUCCGAAAUGCAGCAACUUUAUCAAGUUAUCGUUCAAAUACUAUUCAACGGAUAAGUAACAGUCCACCAAUAAUAUGUUCAGAGAGUGAAGAAUCAUCAAUAAGUAUCGAUGAAUCAGAUGACGCUAUCACGUUUUUACCCUUCCGUUUAAGCACACGUGCGUCAGAUGGCGUUAUUCUAGAAGAAAGUGUUGAUGAACCUUCUUAUUCAGAUAUAAAUAUCAAUACAUCUGGCCCCCUAAGCAAUGAUUUAUUAAAUCACGGAAACUUACUUGGUGAAAGCGAAAAAUAUAUAACAAUGGCACCAACAAAUUUUUUUAAAGAAAAAGAUGGAAGUCAAGACUCCUUCGCAAACAACGGCUUCAGAAAUGAAAUAAAACAUCAUCCCAAAGAAUUUUCCGAAUGCUUAUUAGAUAUGGCAAAGGAAUCCUUCCUCGAUACGGAAUUACAAGCUACGAGGCCAGUGCGCGCGUAUUCCGUGGGCAAUAAAAACCAGCAAAUACAGAUAUUUAAGGAAAAAGCAAAUGAAAGCAACACAGGUCGUGUCAGGGCAUUUUCUGUUGGUUCGAGAGCGAAAAUUCCGAGGUGCGAUAUACAACGAAUACAUCCAAAACUGGCAUCAAAUAAUAAUAACAUCCACUACACUGUAGACAAUAUUUCAUCAAAGAAAUCGAUUAGUGCGCCACUUCUCUUUAAUAAAUAUCAAACAAGUUCCGCUGAGCGUAUGAGUGAUUUAAUGGAAAUUGACUUUUCGCAACCGGCAAGUAGGAAAUAUAUGCAUACUAAACUUCCGUCGAAAGAUACGAAAAAUAAUUGUGAAAUGAAAAAUACUGACCAAAAUGGAGUGGAAGCUUUAAAAAAUUCAUUAGACUCACUGGUGAUUAAAUGCGUUUUACAAACGGAUAACGGGUACUUGGAAAUGAAACCAAUUUCGAUAAAAUCUGCUAUAAAAAAUGACUUUCCCAGAACAACAAUACAACAUCCAAAUUCGAACAACCAGAACAAUGAACACUUCGGCAAUAAGCCUUCAAAUAAUAUAGAGACAAGUUUAAAUGUAACAAAUGAUAACUCUGCUGGGCAAAACGUUGAAAAGGCGUUUAUAGCUAAUGUGUAUAAGGAAUCUGAAGACUCACAUGAAAAUCAAGCAAAACUGUUCAUAAUGAAUUCGUAUUUAACUACACCGAAUUCUUCCGAACAUGAAAAUUAUAAGCAAAUGAAUGAUUCUUCCAUUCUGCCCGUGACAUGUGAAGGGAAUCAACUUGAAAUUUCUUCUAGAGAGAAAAGUUUGCCUGAGAAAAGCCAGCUAAACGAUAAGCUCUCGCAUUCGAAAAGUGAUAACUUCGAAUCUCAAGUUGAAACCGCUCCUUAUAAAUUUCAUAUAAUUGAGAGCAAUAGUUUAAAUUCUGCGUUAAAUAUAAAUCAUGAGCAUCUUAUUAAAUCGGAUGGCGUGGAUUAUUUAAAUGAAUUACCAUUAACGAAAUUGUCAUCCAUUGCCACAAAAAAGAACGAAAUCGAUAGUAAAGUUCUGUCCUCACCCUCGGGCUUGUAUUACGCUAGCUUAGAUUUGCCUGCUUGCAGCCGAGACUACUCGCCAAAAGUAAAUUUCAUUGGCGCCUUAAGUGGCACGCAUUCAGUGAACUCAAAAAGCUCAUAUGCCAAAAUUGAUUUCGAACAUCACGAUCCCUUAUCCCAUUUAAAAAAAAGUUCUUAACUUUUUUGUGUAGUUAAUUUAUGUAUAUACUUAUUAGA